AUCGGCCCCUCAAAUAGGUAUAAAUAACAAAUUGAGUCCCGAGAUUUCCAGAAAGGGGGAGCUCAAUUUGCAGCAACUAGCAGUAGUGUUGUGUGUGCGCAUGUGUUUGGAAUCUUGACCUGUGGCCCCUCUGUUUUUCCUCCAUUCUUUUUUUUUCCGCCAUUAAAAAGAAUCCCACACAUACAUUUCAACACCCCCUUUAUAGAAUUUUCUAGGGUUCCUUCCUCUUUUUUCAUCUAACCCCAUUUUCUCUCCUUUUCUCUGCAUCUUCAUACUCAGCUUCACUAUUUUGACCUAGUCGUUACUAUUGAAGUUUUAUAUGAUGGCGGACGGGGAGCUGGAAAUUUCUAACCCAGAAAUGUUAUCAAGUUCAAAUUUUGGUGAAUUCAGUAGUUCUAUGGACAGCUUUUUCAAUGAGAUUCUCAAAGAUGCGCAUGCCUGUACUCAUGCCCACACUUGCAACCCGCCUGGGCCUGAUAACUCUCACACACACACGUGUUACCAUGUUCACACCAAAAUUGUGCCUACCUCAGACGAUGAUAAGAACCCUAGCGACGAUACUGCAGAGUCGACAGAGAAUAAUAAAGGAAAGAAACGACCCGUGGGUAAUAAGGAAGCUGUUCGCAAGUAUCGUGAGAAAAAGAAAGCUCGAGCUGCUUCAUUAGAGGAUGAAGUUAUCAGAUUGAGGGCUAUAAAUCAGCAACUCUUGAAGAGGCUACAGGGUCAGGCUGUAUUGGAAGCCGAGGUUGCUAGGCUCAAGUGCUUGCUUGUGGAUAUCCGAGGAAGGAUUGAAGGGGAAAUUGGAUCAUUUCCAUACCAGAAGCCCAUGAAGAGCGGGAAUGCAUAUCAGCACAUUGUUAAUCCUAACCUUCCCGGAGCAUAUGUUGUCAACCCUUGCAACCUACAAUGUGAUGAUCAGGUUUAUUGCCUUCACCCAGGCGCAGAAGGUAAAAGCUCAGAUGGCACUGUAUUAAAUGGACAAGGCUUCAACAACAACUGUGAAUUUGAGACUCUUCAAUGCUUGGGUAAUCAAAACUCUGGACUUGAGGAGGUUCCUGGGUGUGAUGUGGGUAAUAGCACACCUAUUGCCAACACUUCUGGUCGAAGCAAGAGAAAAGGUACACGUUCAACAACAGCAAGUUGAUGAGCUUCUUAGGAGAGCAUCUUUGUUCUUGAGAAUAAGUAUGUUUUGUUAUGUGCCCUCUCUUGGGAUUUCUCCCAGCUUCUCUGCUUUGUUGAGUUCAAUUUUAGAAUCUGUUCUGGCUGUUGAGUUGGUGUCCUUGUAGGUGUCUCAGUUUCACUUACUUAUCAACAGCCGUGUAAAGCAGAACAAAUCGAAUGAAUAUAGCUAGUAGAACACAUGAAGAGGAUAACCAAUAGUUUUGGUUUUCUGUGAAGAUCUGGAAGCUUUAUUCCUCCGUGUUGUAUUUAUUCAUUCUUUGAUGAAUAUCGCCUCUUGCUGAUGGAUUUCUAGAUUGACAAGUUCUCUUUCUUAGAUUAUGUGAAUUCGAAACCAAUAAACUUGGAAUAGAUGGUGGCUUUUUUUAUUGCUCGUAGUUCUGCUAUCGAGAGUGGCAACAUUCAAACACUCUUGACAAACAAUUGAAGUGCAUUUGCUUGGUUUCUC